AUGCAUGCACAAGCAACUGACAUUCCCUUUCUUGCUAACGAUGAACCCGCUGAUCAAGUGGGUCAUUCUAUACCUGCUCCUGUCGAUGUGUCCCAGCUUCUUCACGAAGGUGAGUGUGACUCCUCCUCCCUGGAUGCGACCUCCUCUCCACUGUCAUCACUUACUGACGAGCCCCUCACCGAGGCAGAGGCGCCACCCAUGAGGCCUAUCGGUUCUCUAGAUGGCAGUUCAUCCUCUCUAGCUCCUCUAGACAGUAGCUCCCCUUCCGGUAACACCUCUCGUGCCCCUGGCUCCUCGGCAUAA